AUCACUUUUUAUUUUAGCUUCAUGUAAAGCAGACUAAAUUUUUUGUACGCGACAGAAAUUUCUUGUAAUAUACAAAAGUAAAAAAAAAAGUAUUUGGCAUAUUUCUUUUUUGCAAUUUUUUUUUAUAAAAUUCGCUGUCAAGAUGAUGCUAUCAACCUAUCAGCAUGACUAUGUGCCGCCCAAUGCCAAGCGGUACGAGUUCCUGACGCGACCAAAGGGCUUGGAGGGCCACGUGGGUCCGCAGGUUAUCGAGUGCGAAUGCGUGGAUGAGGCUAAGAUCAAGAUGCCGCCCAGUGCCUCCAAGGAUUGUGCCGGCGUUGAGUGGACGGGCAUAGCGCCAAUGGGCAAACUGGUGGAUCCCCGACUCAUACCCACCCAGCUGACCCAGGAUCAAGUGGACAAGAUGGCCUUUUCGGCGGAGACCGAUUGCUUUAAGCUGCAGCCAAAUCGCUUCCUCAAAAUCUUGCGAACCGUCUACCCGGAUCUGUACGAGCGAUUGAAGGUUCUGCCCAAGGAGGAGCUGAGUCGCAGGCUGGAGACCAACCGCAUGUUCACCACCUAUCAGAUCGACUACUGUGCCAUGAACGAGUAUCCCGAGGGCAUAUACGAGAGUCUGAAAACAGAGGACGAGUCCAAGAAUGCCAACAAGCUGAUGAGUGAACGAGGACCCUGCAAUGAGUUCCGCUCGAAUGUGAUGAAAGAACUGGAGCGGGAUAGUUCUACUGGCUACGAGGUGACCAGCGACGAUUGCCAGAAGACGUACAAGCCAUUCAAGACCAGCUUCUCGGACUCCUCGCAAACCAUCGAGUCCGGCAGCAAUUCGCAUUGGAACUCGGCCCCGACCACGUACCGAAAGGUGCCGACCUUCAGCGAAUACAUGGACUCGAUAAGUCGAAAUGGUUGCGUCAUUAUGCGCAACAGGCUGCACGAUCAUUCCAAAUGCCUGGCCAAGUACUGCAAGCACGAGCUCAAAUUCACGUGCAACGACAUGAAGUAAUUUUGCCUGUAGUCCCUUGUACAUCUCGAAUACCAUUAAAUGUGUCUUUACAAACCAA